GCAAAAGUAGGAAUUUGUCAAUCUUCGUCGUUGACAAGGGGGCACCGCCCCCUGAGCCCCCUAGCACUACACCACUGCUUCCGGCAUAUAACUAUUCGAUACUUUUUGACGAUUAAUCUGUUUGCAGACUUUCAUCUCGAACUGAAGAAUACAUAUUCCAAAGAGUUUCAAUUACCCUGAAGGCUGUACGCAUUUUUUUUUUCCUUUUCCAAGGUCCCCUGUACAGUGCCGUCGGAGCGACAUUUGCAUUAAGGGGAGAGGGGGGCUGCCCAUUGUAUUGCUUCUAAUUCAGUACACUGUAAUAAAGGAAAUAUAGUACAGUUUGACGAUUAUGGGGGGGGGGCUCCAGCUUCCGGUGGCCCUGCUGUACCGUAAAUCCUCGAAUAAGCCCCUGGGGGCUUACUUGCAAAAAUUAAUUUUUUAGGUGGGGGCUUAUUCGAGCGUAGGGGCUUAUUCGAGUGUGGGGGCUUAUUCGAGCAUGAGGGCGUAUUCGAGGAUUACGGUUUGUAAGAAUCUGAAAUCGUUGGAAAGUUUUGCUAGAACGAUGAAAAUAAUGAAAUUGGGUGAGACUGCUACUUUUUUGGGGUGAGGGGAUCUUCACAGCUCGGACCUUUAAGUUAAAAUGGUUCUUCUUCGCUUGUAGAAACAAGUUGUAUCCUCCUUUGUUGUUUUUUUUGCCCAAGAAGUUUAAACUGGAGAUGUAUAAACUGGAAGGUGUACCAGUCCUACCCCCCUUCCCUCCCCCUUUCUUCAAUACUUGCUUCGCCCAACAUUCGAUUGAGUAUUAUAUUGGUGAAAGUCACGGUAAAAGUUGGUUAAAGUCGUUGAAGAUUUCAUGUGAUCAAAAAAAGAGAAAUUAUCAACAUUUUUCAAUAAUUGUACGUAAUAAUUAUCAAGUUUCUAAAGAAAGAAAGUAGACAAACGCUGAUUUUAUCUUUAAAUUUUGGGUUCUGCUUCCUGAAAUUUUACUUACUCUUACGCCACUUCCAAUGGUUGUAGUAAGACGACAGAGAUGUUAACAACGAUCUCGAACAGUGUGUUUUGAUCUGUUUUCUUGUCACAUACUGCGAUUACAACCCAUCCCCCUUGACAUUUCCACCUUUCUACCCUGGGUACCAGAGCCUCAUGAAUCGAGGCGAGGAUACAGUAUUGUAUAUGGCUGUGGUGACAAAAAUGAGUCUAUAUUCUUGAGAUUAAAUAAUGGAGACUCUAGCCACCAUCUUUCAGACAAAAAACUAUUUUCCACUUUUUAAAAAAAUCACUUAACCCCUAGUACAAACCCCCUAGACAGGCUUUGUAGAGGGUUCAAAAUAAUUUUAGUGGCCCAUCAGUCUCAGCAGUUCAUAAAAUAUAUAUGCUUUAUUUUGUUCUGUACAACAUAACUCUUCGAACUUCAGCUGUCUACUUUUUGCAAAUUUAUUAUUGCUGAAACUUAAUUUCUGGCUUUAGAAUUGGUACACCGAAUGAUAAUGGCCAUUUCUCCAUUCCUAGCUAAGAACAUAUCAGUAUUCUCAAUAUAUCAGGCCCCGCGGAGCAAGGGGGCUGGGGGGCUUUAGCCUCCCCCCCCACUUUUUAGACCCCCUACUUUCCUCAACGCUCCGCGGUGCCUGUAUAUUUUCAACAAUCCACAGUCUGCAUGAUUAUUAUUAUGACCCAUUUAUUUCUUGGAUACUUGAGACAAACUCGACCUUUGAUCACAUGAUUAUUUGUCACGAUGAUUUAGGGCGUUCGUGCCACCAUCAAGAAAGCUCUGGAAAAAUUUGCUAUUUUGUUUAUCAACUAUUUCUACAAGUAGAAGAAAGAAAAUAAAGAUUACACCUUCUCAAUUUGCCACCUUGCAACAGUUUGGCGAGAUUAAGCAAGGGUUUGUACUCGGAAAAUUGAAAUUGGUAGAAAAGACAUAAUAUAACAUUUUAGAGUGGCUACACGCACACUCCGAUCAAGCACUCGAAAGAGCGACGUCGUAUUUUCUGUUCAGCACGCAUCGUUACCAGAUCUUCUACAAUCGUGUUUAAGGCAAGUCGACCAUGGCUUUCAAGUCUGCAGUAACAUCGUGUUUCUUUAAUAUCUGCAAGCAAAAUGCUUCAACAGUAGCAAAGAGAUAUCUGUCUAUAUCGACCAAGCUAACAGUAUCAGCAGCGAUGUCAUCACGUAGUGGUUCCAAGACAGAAUUGAACACAGCCAGGAGCCUUGGUGCAAUCCGCCAUUACGCCGGUACUGACCAAGCUAUAUUGAGCUCGUACAUGGACCUGCAGUCAGACAAGGUCAUUGCAACAUAUGUUUGGAUUGAUGGAAGCGGAGACCACACUAGAGGCAAAUCAAGGACACUUGAUAAUGAACCGGAGCGUCCGGAAGAUCUUCCGGUCUGGAACUAUGAUGGUUCAUCGACAGGCCAGGCACAGGGUGAGAACAGUGAUACAUUCUUGUAUCCAAGGAGAAUUUUUCCGGAUCCCUUUCGCAGAGGCAAAAACAAGCUUGUUCUUUGUGAUACUUACAACUACCAAAAUGAACCGUGCGCAACAAACAACAGGACGAGUUGCUUAGAGGCUUUGGAGAAAUGCAAGGAUCAUCAUCCAUGGUUUGCCAUUGAACAGGAAUACACUUUGCUAGACGGAGAUGGUCACCCUCUUGGUUGGCCAAAGGGCGGUUUCCCUGGCCCACAGGGUCCUUAUUACUGUGGUGUUGGAACUGGCCGUGUUUUUGGUAGAGAAGUUGUUGAAGCCCACUACAUGGCGUGUUUAUAUGCUGGGAUUAUGCAUGGCGGCGAGAAUGCAGAGGUUAUGCCAGGACAGUGGGAAUUCCAGAUCGGACCGGUGGAAGGAAUUGACCUUGCAGAUCAGACAUGGAUGGCAAGGUACAUAUUAUCACGAAUAUCCGAGCACUUCGGUGUAAUUGAUACACUGGAUCCGAAGCCAAUGAAUGGCGACUGGAACGGUGCUGGAGCACACAUGAACUUCAGUACAUCUGAUAUGCGAAAAGAUGGUGGACUGUCAGAGGUGUACGCGGCUGUAGAGAAGCUUUCAAGGAGACACGAAUACCACAUAAAGAUGUACGAUCCAAAUAGCGGAGAAGACAACAAACGGAGAUUGACAGGCCUUCACGAAACCUCUACCAUACACGAUUUUUCACACGGUGUGGCGAACAGAGGGUGCAGCAUUAGAAUUCCACGUCAAUGUGCUCUUGAUAAUAAGGGAUACCUGGAAGAUAGGCGACCGUCAGCUAAUUGUGAUCCGUAUUCAGUUUGUGAAGCUCUUAUAAGAACCAUUGUUCUUAAUGAAAGGGAUUAGGAUUUUGAAACAUUAUUUGAAUGAUUUAAUGGCGCAUAAAAUGUCAACCUCGAUGUAAAAUAAAGUCUCGAAAUCAAAUUUUGUAUUAUGUCAUCUACUGGCUUCUGCAUGCUAUAUCUUAGAAAAAAAUGAAUUCAGAAUUGCUU